UCGUCUUGUACCUCUUGUCAAAGUAACCCAAGCAUUCAUUUUAAAAUUGGGUUUAAAAGUUUUAGACUGGAUAUAUUUAUAUAACUGGAAUGUUAAUGGAGGAUGAUGAGGAAGAUUUUAGAACAGAAAACAGUGGGACAUUUUCAGCUGUCUUUUCUGUCAUCUCUGAUGUUGUGUCUGGUUUUCUUCGCAGCUGGAGUUGUUUGAAAGGAUCAGAGAUGUUGAAUGUUCCGUCUCAGUCUUUUCCAGCAGUCGGAUCCCAGCAGAGAGUCACACCGACCGGACAGUCCCGAAACAAGGUAGUGCUGAAGCCAGGCCACAGUCUCCUGGACUGGAUCCGACUGACCAAGAGUGGACGGGAUCUAACCGGACUGAGAGGAAGACUGAUUGAGGUGACAGAAGAGGAGCUGAAGAAACACAACACCAGAAAUGACUGCUGGACGUGCAUUAGAGGUAUGGUGUAUAACGUUAGUGCCUACAUGGAUUUCCAUCCUGGUGGGGAGGCGGAGUUAAUGAGGGCUGCUGGGAUUGAUAGCACUGACCUGUUUGACCAGGUGCAUCGGUGGGUGAAUUAUGAGUCCAUGCUGAAGGAGUGUCUGGUGGGGAGGAUGGCAACAAAGCCCAACCCUGCUCCACAAGCUCAGACAUCAACAACGGAGAAUGCUCAUGUGAACAGUCUGUCUCCUCCUCCACCCUUGAAACUGGAGCCUUCGACUACUGCUGCUCCCAUAGCCAAAGAUCAUCGCCCUCGGUAUGAUUGGUUCCAGACAGAUGCCACUGUCAACAUUGUUGUUUACACCAAACGGAAGAUUCCCAGCUCCGGCUGUGCAGUGGUGGAUCUGCAGGGUGAUACUCUUCGAGUGGAGAUGCUCUUGGGGAGGAUGUCGUACCUGCUCCACUGGCGCCUGUCCAGUGAAGUUCAAGGACGUGUUGAUGUCCAGACAGCCCAGUCGAUUGGAAAAGUUCAGGUGUGUCUCCACAAAACAGUCAAAGACAAGUGGACACGAGUGGGGCAGCCACUAGAACUCCACGAUUCAUUUAUUCAGAGUAAAGAACGCUGCCUCUUCUACAGGGAAUGUGUGUUGGUUUCCAGAACAGAAGUCACACAUGACACCCAGAUCUUUCGUUUACAACUUCCUCCUGGGUCACGUCUGCAUGUUCCUGUGGGCAGACAUGUCUACCUCAAAACCUCUGUUCAGGGUGCAGAUGUUGUGAAGCCCUACACACCAGUGGAUCACACACUAAUGCCUCCAGCUCAGUCCAGUGCAGAAAUGGGCUCAUAUGUACAUCUCAUGAUAAAGAUCUAUCCCGAUGGUGUGUUGACGCCUCAUCUCUCCAACCUUCCCAUUGGAGCUCCUCUGUCAGUAGGUGGUCCCAAAGGGUCCUUUACCCUGCGAGUGCUGCGUGAUGUCACUCACCUGUACCUGUUAGCAGCCGGCACAGGAUUCACACCCAUGACUCGUCUCGCACACCUGGCCCUACAGGACAUCACCUCAAUCAGAAAAACCAAGCUGAUGUUCUUCAAUCGUCAGGAGAGGGACAUACUCUGGCGCUCUCAGCUGGAUGAGUUGUCUAUGAAAGAGGAAAGGUUUGGGGUGGAGUAUGUUCUUUCAGAGCCUGCAGACUCAUGGACUGGCAGAACAGGACGGAUAGACUCUCAUAUGCUGCAGAACUUCCUGGAGAAACCGGAAAACUUCAAGUGUUUAGUGUGUGUGUGCGGGCCCACUGCGUUCACAGAGCUCGCAGUGCAGUUGGUCAGGCAGUUGGAUUUCAGCGAAGAGGAGAUUCAUGUAUUUCAAGGCUGAUGGGACCAUUGGAGUUUCUUUCUUGCAGACUAUUUCUUUGCAUAUCAAAUGCACUCUCUCAAAAGUAUGCAGUUAUCCACAGACAAAGGCCGUUACUCCUACAGUAACAAAAGCACUUUUUCGUCAACAUUUCUAUUGGAGACUUUUUCCCCACUGGUUUCAUUGUCACCAAGCCUGGCAAAUGCCAGCUGACAGUUUGAGACUUACAACUUAAAACAAGAUUGAAUAUUUCUUCAUACAUAUUUGAGUGUCCAGAAAGACAGAAAGUUCAAACAAAACAACAGAAACAUCAAUAGAAAGCAGUUUUGUUGCUGUCCUCAUAUAGCAGAUAUUCAGAGUGGCCAGUUAAUCAGACAUGGAUGCAAUACACGGGUGAAUUAACAGUGAGCAUUAUAGUUACUGUUUGGAAAUGUUAAUUUGACUGCCAAAUUAAUAGUUUCUAGAGAAACUAAGGUUUUGCGAUUCAUUUGUACAGAACAUUUGACAAAUGUAUUAAAUUAGCUGUAAAUGGAGCACAGUUUUACUCAAAUGAAAACUCCUUAAAUCUGUUACCUGCCCCUCAUACUGUUGUAGCUGAAUUGAAAUCUGGUGGCAUCCCAAUUGUCUGAGUGUCACACAUUUGAUGUCAGUUUAGAGUGAACAUGGGGAGAACUAUUUGUACCUGUUAAUCUACUGUACGUUGCUGUGGAUAAAAUGUGUUUGAUAUAUUACAGUCACCCAAAUAUUUAUUUCUAGAAGAAAAUAUAUGAAGCUUAUUUCUUGGAGAAAUCUGUGAAAUAGAGAAUGACUGUAACACAGCUAAUUAUUUAAAUGACCAGAACUCUAUACACUCUGGAUGGUUUUCAAUAAAGGUAAGCUCAAAGA